AUGAUCUUGGCCCGCUGGGCCGCUGGCCCCACCGAGGCUCCCCCCGCAAAUGAGGAGGGGGGGAAAGGAGGAGGAAAUGGAGAUGGAGAUGGAGAUGGGGGAGGAGAAGGAGGUGGAGGAGGAGAAGUUGGGGGAGUUGGAGACGCCGGGAACACAGCAGCGAUCCUGACCGAGACAACCAGUAGCAACACAAGCUCAGGAAGCACCACACCAGCUCCCGCUGCACCCUCCUCCUCUUCUUCCUCCGUCAAGUCCCCCAAAUCGCGGCUUGGCAAGAAGACUCGCAGGGGGCUCGGUUCAGGUACACGUACGGGGUCAAACAGCAGCAGCGGAAGCGUUGGGAGCAUUGGGGGAGGAAUAAUAGGAGGGAUAUCAGGAGGACAACCAGCAGGAGGAGGCCGCAGGACUUCUUCCAGAAUUAUUAAGACGACCCCGCCGUCGUCUACCGCCGUGUCCCGGGCCACCUCCGUCUCCCCUACCUCUGCCCUCCUCACAUCGCCCCCUUCGUCUGCAGCCAUCACAGCUGUCACCUCCGCCGCGACGACGCGCUCGUCCACUGCCGCUGCUGCAGCCGCUGCAAGCCGCAAGGUCUUCCCCAAAAGUAUGGAGCCCCCGGUCGUCUCCUUUUACGGGGCCGAGCCCAUCCCGCUGCCGUCGCGCUUCGCCGGCGUCAAGAAGCGGCUCAUCACCGGUCACGAGACCGCCGUCGAGGCUUCUUGGUACCGUCUCAUCAACGCUCUGAGGACCGAGAUUGCCGACAUCCAGACCCGCGGCUCCGAGCUGAUCCCGUCCAUCAACUUCACCGACAUCAAUGACCCCGUCCGCGUCGAGGCCUUUGCGCACAGGCUGCGCCGGUACGGCGUGGCCGUCAUCCGCGGCGUCGUCCCGCCCAGCGAUGCCCAGAAAUGGGUGCACGAAACUCACGACUAUCUCGACAAGAACCGCGAGUUCAAACCUCCCGCGCUACACGACCCGACGUGUAUCGAUCUCUUCUGGACGCCCGUUCAAGUACGGGCCCGGGCGCAUCCCAACAUGUUGCGCGCGCAAAAGUUUGCCAUGUCCUUUUGGGAAUCGACGGACGACGUGCACAUCACCCGCGCACCCGUGAGCUACGCCGAUCGUCUGCGCAUUCACAACGACAAGCUCGGCGCCGUCGGCCAGCCGACCGGAAACUCGGCCGCAGACUCUCUCAGCACCACCGCCUCGUCGACUGUCAUUGCCCAAAUCGACAGCGGCAGCCUGGAACGAUGGGAACCGGACGGCUACGGCCGCGGCGGCACCUACGAGGCCGUCUUCCGCGGCGACUGGGAGUCCUACGACCCCUGGGACCCGGCCGGCCGCGUCGGUGCCACGACGGAUCUGUACAACGGCGCGGGUGCCUGCAGCGUGUUCCGCAUGUUCCAGGGCAUCCUGGCGCUCACCGAGGUCGAGCAGGGCAUGGUGCGCGUGUUGCCGUCGCCCAAGCUCGUGGCCGCCUACUUCCUCCUGCGGCCGUUCUUCUCGCCGAAGCGUGGACCGCCAGAGCAGCCGGACGGUGGCAAGGCCGACCAGUGGGCUGCGUAUCUCGAUGCGUCCAACUGGACCCUCGAUACGGAGCCCAGCACCAUCAUCCACGGGGCCGUUCCGGGCCAUGCGCAGCGUCUCACGGAACGCUGGCACCCGCAUCUGCAUCUGCGCAGGAGCCUGGUCUCCCUGCCCAGCUUGCAGGCCGGUGACUACGUUAUAUGGCAUUGCGAUCAGGCCUACUCCAUCAUCACAGGCGGCACCAGGCUAGGCGUCCCGCCGUCGUUGCAAAACGAGUCCAACGAGCUCUCCCUCCUCACCUACACUCCCGUGUGCCCCCUGACGCAAACGAAUGCGCUUUUCCUGGCUCGCCAGAGGAAGGCCUUUCAGACCGGCCAGCCGGGACCGGACUUUGACACUCUGGGUGGACUGGGCAGCGAAGCCUCACAUCAAGAUCGUCCCGGUGCCAAGGAGGUCGAGGAGUACGGCGGAGUCGACGGCCUCCGCGCAAUGGGAUUGGCGCCCUACGACGUCGAACCAGCCGGCGUCAUCUCGACGAACCCCGCCGCGGAUGCCAUGGAUAUUGACGACGAGGAGGGAAUACGAAACAAGACAAAGACGGAAGCGGAGACGGAACUCCUGCGGCUGGCCAACAUCAUCCUCUUCCCGAGUCGCUAUGAUUUCUACAUUCCUACCAGCGGCACCCGGAGCAGCGGCGAUCGCACCCCCCGGGCGACGGCGGGACCACCCAAGACGGUGGCCAAUAAUGGCAGCAAGAGCUGA